AUGCAGAAUUUGAAAUCACUCUCCAUUGUUGGUAAUGGAUUAGUGGAUGAACAUUUGAAAGAAAUUAGUGAAAUGAAAGGUUUAACUUUACUCGAUGUGAGUGAGAAUAAGUUUGGAAAGGAAGGUGCGGAAAAAAUUAGUGGAAUGGUUGGAUUGACCACAUUGAAUAUUAAUGAUAAUUAUAUACUUGAUGAAGGGGCUAAAUUCAUUGGAACGAUGAAACAAUUGACCUUGUUGAAAAUGAAAUAUUGUGAAAUUAGAGAAGAAGGUGCGAGAGCAAUAAGUGAAUUGAAAAAUUUAACAUUUCUCAAUCUGCAUGGUAAUUUUAUAGGUGAUAAAGGAGCCAGCUAUAUAAGUGAAAUGGUCAAUCUGACACAUCUCAAUGUUGGUAGCACCCAAUUGACAGCUGAAGGGGCAAGACAUGUUAGUGGACUCAAAAAUCUGAAAUCUCUAUUGAUUCAUACCAAUCAAAUUGGACAUCAAGGAGCAAAGUGGAUUAGUACAAUGAAAGAUCUGGAAGGGUUGACUUCACUUGAUGUUAGUGGAAACUCCAUUCUUGAUCAAGGAGUACAAUAUUUGAGUGAAAUGUCAAAUCUGACACAUUUAGAUAUUGGAAGUAAUCAUGUUGGAGUUAAAGGAAUUGAAUCAAUUAUUGGAAUGAAAGGAUUAAUCUCGCUAAAUGUCAGUAGUAAUGAUUUGGGAUCAUCAGGAGCAAAGUUAAUCAGUGGAAUGUCAAAUUUAACCUCACUAAACAUUUCAGCCAAUCGACUAUUAGGUGAAGGAGCUAAAUUUAUUGGAGAAAUGCAUAACGUAACAAUAUUAGUUAUCAGAAACAAUGAUAUUGGUGAUGAAGGAGCCAAAUUCAUUUGUAAAAUGAAACAAUUGAAAUCUCUCAAUGCUGUGUAUAAUAGAAUAUCUUCGAAAGGAUUUGAAUCAAUAAGUGAAAUGAAACAAUUAACAUCACUUGAUAUUGGUUACAACAGUAUUGACUCAAAAGGAGCUAAAUCUGUUCGCAAAUUGAAAAAUUUGACUUCUCUCAAUGUCAGAAGUAAUAUGAUAGAUGAUGAAGGAUUGAAAGCUAUUGGUCAACUCAAAAUUCCUUAUCUAACCACUGGAUAUCAACAAGCAAAACAAUCCAAUAAUUAA